ACUGCCCGGCCCUGGCCUCAAACUCUUGAUCUUCCUGCUUCAGCCCCUAAAACUGGGAUUACAGGCACGUGUCCACACACUCCAUUCAACAUAGAACCUUUUAGGAAUGCCUUCCCCACAACCACAUUUCUGCUUAGUAUCAGUUACUAGCCUAGCUACACAAUGUCUCUUUUAAACUCUACAAAUUUUAUAAAAGUGGAGUCUUCCCCCCCCCCCCAUGUUUCAAGAAGCAAUUUUAUCCUGUGCAACUUUUUGUCUUGUGACUCUGUCAUCCGAGAGAUGACAGGGACACCUGGCGCAGACACUACCUUCAUAUGUUUACUUCUGACACCUAUCAUUUGGAAUCCGAAUUCUUACCGUUUAUUCAUGGCGGCAGCAGGGACAGUCUGAUGUCACACGUGCGUGUGCAUCUCACACCUGGCGGAUGUUUGACCUCACCCUUCUGUGAAUGCAAAGUCUUAAGGAAUCAUGUGCUAUCUGAUGACCUUUAUAAAAAAAAUAACAGGGAAAAGUCCGUUUUAUUGAAGUCAGUAUAAAAGUGGCCAGUGAGCGAGGAGUUAGCACAAAUGAGCUUGCCAUGGCGGUACAGCUGAGAUCCCAGCACUUGGAAGACUGAGGCUGGAGGAUCCUUUCGGACUAGCCUGGGUCUUCCGCUUGCUCCAGGCCUGGCUGUCGCCCAGAUCACAGUGGUCCCUUUGAAUUUAUGUACGGAAUCUCCCACCUGCCAUUGUAAAAGCUAUCUGAAGAAAACGUAGUAUAGCCUCCCCUCAGUGCUUUACGAAUUUGAUGCUCUAGGAAGUUUUCAACGUUUACCGAAUGUAUCCCCACGUUUGUUGCCUCGCAAGCCACAUUAAAUUAACUCAAGCUUUCUUCAUUUGUGUGUUCUUCCCAACAAGGGAUUGGAGGUUCCUGUUCAGGGGCACAGAGCCCCUGUGCCAUGAGAGAUGCUCUGAAGUCCAAUGGGCAACGUCCACACUUUGCUUCUGCCAGGUGCAGGAGGCCGCCAGUCAGGGCUUGAAGUUUGUUAGCGUGGUGCCCCAGUACCAGCCCUCGGUGAGCUCAGCAGGCAGCCGGCGUCUCAAGCCUGUUGCCAACAGUGUUGAAGAUGCCAGGGAUGUGAAAUGCACCUUAGGGGACCGUUCAUCCUUGGAAAAUGAUACUCCGAAGGCUGCAGAGACGGAUGCUGCCACUGCAGGAGUGAACCGAAGACCGGAGACCAAACCAGGAUCCACAGGGGACGUGCCCAGUGCCCAGCAGCCUGGCAUUCCCUCUCCCUCGGCAGAGAAUGAGGCUGGCGAGUUUCCACUGCGGGGUUUGCAGCCAGCACUGGAUAGAUCAGAGGGCGACCCCUCAAAUGGGCCUGAAGAGCUGCCCUCCAGGAAGAUGGAGAUCUUCGCCUUUUUCAACAGACCGAAGAGCCAGCAGAAAUGUCGGCAGUACUACCCUGUCACCAUCCCCCUCCAGGUCUCCAAGAACGGCCAGACAGUGAGCAGUCUAGACGCCAGCUGGCUGGAACACAUGAGUGACCAUUUCCGGAAAGGCGGUGUGCUGGUGAACGCCGUCUUCCAGCUUGGCAUGGCCAAUGAUUCCUUCUAUGGCCUGACAGAUGGAGUAUUCAUCUUUGAAGCUGUUUCCACAGAAGAUAACAGAACCACACAGGGCUAUGACGCUAUUGUUGUGGAACAAUGGACAGUCCUAGAAGGUACAGAGGUACAGACCGACUACAUGCCCCUGCUGAACUCGCUGGCGGCCUACGGAUGGCAGCUCACCUGUGUGCUGCCAACGCCUAUACUCAAGACUACCAGGGAAGGGAACGUGUCCACCAAGCAGAUUGUGUUUCUUCAGAGACCAUGUCUACCUCAGAAAACCAAGAAGAGGGAAUCUAAGUUCCAGUGGCGAUUCUCCCGGAACGAGAUCCACGGCAGGCAGACAAGGAAAUCCAAAGGGAAACUCAGUGCCAGCAACAAGCAGCAAGCAGAAGAGAAUGAGAAGAAUCUGGAAGACCAGUUCUCCAAGGCUGGAGAUGUGGGAAACUGUGUGCUGGGGGCACCGCAGUGGGGCAGAGCCUCUGAGGUCAGGGAGCAAAGGCAGGGCUCAGCAGCUGUGCAGAAUGGUCCCGCUGGCCACAACAGGGACUCGGUGGCCCUUAGGCACUCGAAUCCCAGAGCUGAGGCUGAGCUUGCUGCAGGCCCCACUCCAACAGAAGCAAAUUGAGUCCGUGGUUUAUGCUAGGCCUGCAUUGUGAUUGCAAACCUUGGGAAGCUUGCUAGCAGCUGGUUUGUUCUGUGUUACCCUUUGGCUUGACCUCCCAUUGUUAGCUCAUUGGCCCCGUGAGCGCGGGUCUCUGAUGGUGUUGUUUUCUGCACAUCCACUGGAAAGCUGUCUUAAUGAUCCACUUCUUUUAGAGUGCAAAGUUGGCCUGUUCCUCCCAGACCUCAGGGCUGGAGGCCCGACUCUGGUCCGCCUCUUCCACAAGGAAGGGCAUGGACCAUAGUGCCUGUACUGCCCCACAGGACUCCAGGGCACAUCUGGGUCAACUUCUGGGACAUCCUUUGCUACAAACCAAGGUUUUUCUGCUCACUCCUACAUGCUGCUGCUCUGGGCAAGAACAUAGUGACAUUAACCCUGCAGCCUGCCGGCUGGCCUUCCCCACCUGAGCUCUGGAGACCCUGCUGUUGUGGAAGGCAAGGAUGUUGGAGAAUAGGAGGUACCCAAGCCUCCUGCCUGUCUUAAGGUAGUUCUAUAGAUACUGGUGAUCUGGAAACAAACAGGUAAUUCCCUAAGCCCCGGCUCUUACAGAAUGUUCAAGAAAGUAUCCUGUGUUAAUAUUAAUGCCAAAAAAAUACUGUUUUUAAAUUUUGUCUUCAACACAUGUAUGAAUAUGUUGUCAUUUUGAGCAGUUGGUAACUGGGUGCCCUUGUGUGCUGUUUUUGUUGAUGUGUCAUUGAGUUGUAUGCUGUGCCUGUCACAUGUUCAUACUGUCCAUAACGUGUUGUUAAGGCUUUAAGUAGAAGCAUCUGGCAAACCAUGGAGCGAGAACACCAGUUGUCUCGAUGGAAACAGCCCUGUCUCUUUCUUGUUUAUUUAAAGCAAUAAAUGACCUGAGUUGA